GAAGAAGAAGAGCAAUGGCGGCGUCCUGUGAAUCAGAAUGGUCACAGUGACAGUUGGCGAAAUAACAUAAAUAUCUGUCUUUGUAACCCGAGACUCUUCCUUACGCAACGUUGUUAAAUAUGACUAAAUGUCUCAUACAUUUUGCAUGUCUGACGAUGUCAGUUUUAUAACUUUUAGUACGCUAAAUUAACUUGACGACGACAGAAUGACACUAGGAAAGACUGCAGUUCGGGUGGUGAACUUGGGUCGCAUAUCCUAUGGACAGGCACUACAGGUGCAACAAAAGCAUGUCCGUCAGCACCUGGACAAAUCAUCAGAUGUUCCCAACACGUUACUCCUGUGCCAGCAUCACCCAGUGUACACGAUCGGCAUCAGACAAGCGCCAUACCCGCCUGAGGAGGAGGAAAGACUGAAAGGUCUGGGCGCAGAAUUCUUCCGCACUAAUCGGGGGGGCCUCAUUACUUUCCACGGACCCGGUCAGCUGGUUUGCUACCCGAUCCUCAACCUCGGCUGCUUCAAGAAGAGUGUGAGGUGGUAUGUGUGCGAACUGGAGAAGACUGUAAUUGGACUCUGUGCUAAAUUUGGGAUAAAAGCGGCUACCUCUCCAGACACGGGCGUCUGGGUCGGGGACAACAAGAUCUGUGCCAUAGGUAUUCACUGCGGCAGGUACAUCACGUCUCACGGCAUUGCUCUGAACUGCAACACUGAGAUGAACUGGUUUGACAACAUAGUGCCAUGUGGGAUUGUGGGUAAAGGGGUCACCUCGCUCAGUCUGGAGCUGGGCCGGGAUGUCACAGCUGCCGAAGCCACGCCACACCUCCUAGAGAGCUUCAGUGAGAGGUUCAACUGCCACGUCAUUCCUGAGAAAGAGGUUGUGUAGACGUGUGCCGUGUUAGGCCAUGACUGUUCAUAACCAUGGAACAUUUUUAUUCCAAAAUUACUUGGAAUAAAUAUUUCUAAUUUUUUACUUGAAAUAUUUGUUUUCUUUCAUAUACCUCUCGAGCACGAUGUAUGACUUCUUUGUCCUGUGCUGCUGAUAUGUCAUUUCUAGGUAGAAGAAACCUAUUGGUCCAACACAAAUGCACCAUGAAUCAAAAUGGCCAUUGAUAUUUAUAUUGGCCAUUGAUAUGAGCACUUUUGGUCCAAACUAUUAGGGCUGCAUCAAUUAAUCGAUUAGUUGUCAACUAUUAAAUUAAUCACCAACUGUUUUGGUAAUAGUUUAUUGAUUUGGGUCAUUCUUUUUUUUCUUUUUUUUUUUUUAAAGGGAAACUACCCCAGAAUUCCUGGAUUUGACCUCCUCUAGCAUGUUGUCCUGAUCUACUUAGUUCCAUUGUUAAAACAUUGUAAUGACAUGCCAUGAGUCUUUUGUUUUCCACUGCAAAUGUGCCAUAUUCAUAUCAGUAGCCUAGAAAUCUAGACGCAGCCUAGCGGCCUGCCAGGCGACCAUAUCAGUGAACAACCAACUAAACUUAAUUGCAGGUGAAGUCUAAUGAAUAAGUGAUUUUAGACGGAUGGAUGGAACAGGCUGUGAUGGCUGGGCCACGUGUUGAUUGCUGUGAACAUAUUCAUCUGAUUCCCUCUAUCUUUCAUGAUCACCUCAAUAGAUCGUCAUCAAUGACAUCAGUGACUAAUAGUCAUUGAUGAAUUAAUCCCACAUAGUCUGGGGAGUUUGGUGUCCUGAUAAGGAAAUAUGAGAAACCACUGAUUUGUUUUUGUAAAACAGUAUUUUAUUGUUAAUACCACAAUGGUAUUUUUUCAGCUGAGUAAUGAACAAUGUACAGAUAACAGUAAAACACCUGCUGCACGUGUAUCUAUGAAUUUUCAACAUGGGCAUAAAAAAGGGUUUUCUGUCAGUUCACCGCAGUGUUCGUUACGAUGUGCCAUGAUGAGUUACAGUAGAUUGGAUUGUUGUGACAACAGUUUAAUGUGUUUUUGUGUGUUAGGGUUGGAUAAGAUGUCCAAGAAUGUUUAUGCUUCAAUUGCAAUUCACAAAUCUCAUAAAUAUUAGUAGAUUGUUCAUAUUAAUAAGAGACAGAAAGUGUGUUUCACGAGAAGUUCAUUAGACAAUUCCUCCAAGCACAUAUAUUGGGUGCAAAGUGAAAAUAAAUGUAAGAUAAUUCAUAA